CUUUUAUGAUUCCAGCUACAAUGUUGCGAUCAUGGCCCAUCAGUAGCUUCUUCCUCGCCAUAACACACAGAUGAUUUCGGCAUUUCGCUGUAGUUUGUUCCUGCUGGGGUACUUCCUCGUAGUUCAAGGGGAACGAAUCGCCGAGCAAAAAUGUUCCGAAUACCAAAAGCUGAGCACGAAAAAGACGGUGAUCAUUCCGCUGACUGUGAAGCCCAAACCAGUGUCCUUUGCGGGAUCUGACUGCUCCGAAACGGUGGACCUGAUCGUUGGUGGCGAAGCAGCCAAGCCCGGCGAGUUCCCACACCAAGCACUGUUGGGAUAUCCGGACGCGGACGGCCCUGAGGGUUAUCGUUUCGAUUGUGGAGGAUCGCUGAUCAGUGAGCGCUUUAUUCUGACGGCAGCCCAUUGCUUCGUGAAUGGAUAUCCGACGAUCGUUCGACUUGGCGAGCACAAUUUGCGGAACGAAUGGGACGAUCAGGUGGACUUUGAAAUUCAAUCCAUCAAAAAAUAUCCGGAUUACAGGCAUCGAUUGGCCUACCACGAUAUAGCUCUUAUUGAGCUAAGUACCGAGGUGAGGUUCUCCAAGCUGAUCCGGCCAGCAUGCCUGUGGACAGGCUCAACAAUCGAUGUUCCGUCGGUGAUUGCUACCGGCUUUGGACUCAACGAGACAGCUGGCGAAAAAGCGGACGUUCUUCAAAAGGUGCAACUUGAUUUCCUAGAUCAUGCAGUCUGUGAGAAAGCAUUUACCAGUGAAAGGAAGUUUUCCCGCGGUGUUCUGGACAGCCAGCUGUGCAUUGGAAGCACUCGCGGUGGCAAGGACACCUGCCAGGGGGACUCCGGAGGUCCGGUGCAGGUGAUCACGGAGCCCAAGGGAUGCACGUACCACAUCCUCGGCGUGACAUCGACCUCGCUUGGAGGGUGUGGCUUGGGGAACUCUGCUGCGAUCUACACCAAGGUGUUCAGCUAUAUCGAUUGGAUCGAAGACGUUGUGUGGGGCGUAAAGCCCGAUGACGGUGCAAUUAGAUUUUUGGAUGAUGACUAAAUCCGGGGUACAAAUUUGUUCCCAGUCCUAGUUAGUUUUGAUAAGAGAUAAGAGUUGAUUCAAUUUUAUUUGCUAAAUAAAGAUCUAAUUCGAGAAAAAAUAAAAGCACUUUGCAGCCAAGGGUUAACCCCGU